AUGGCGCCUCCUCCACGCCUGCGCAUCCUCUCCGGUGAGUUGCUCGUCCUCGAUCCCCUCUCCAAUCCGGCAAUAUCUCCACGCGAUCUCGCGAUCUCGCGAGCUCGCGACCUCCCAUCCUUCUCCGCUAUCAUGGGACGCCCGUUAAUGAAAGUCUGUGCAGUGGGAGGCAAUGCGAUCUCGGCUUUUCUAUCAUGGCGGUUGCAGGCGACAACUUCCUGCGACGUAACGCUGGUCUGGAAAUCCGGUUUUGAAGCCGUGGCUCAAUAUGGUGUUUCCUUCAAAUCAAAAGCUUUCGGCAAUGAGCGAUUCAAGCCUCGUCAUGUGGUUCGAGCCCCCGAAGACGCCUCCUCCCGUGAAAACGCCUACGACUACGUGAUUCUCUGCGUGAAAGCGUUGCCGGACGUCUACGAUUUGGCCUCCGUCAUUGAAUCGGUCGUCACUCCCCAGCACACCUGCAUCCUUGUGAACACCACGAAUACUAUUGGCAUCGAGGCCCAUCUGGAGCAAAGGUAUCCGACCAACGUGGUCCUCUCCUUGGUCUCCAACGUGGAAAUCUCCCAGACCGGUCCCAGCGAUUUCGAGCACCUGAGUUCCAGCGAGAUCCACGUGGGCGCAACCAACAAGCAAUCGUCCAUUCCCACCUCCAUCCAGAACGAUAUGGCUGUGGCCUUGGCCAUGACGCUGAACUCCGGGCAGGUCGAGUGCAAGGUAUCGCCGAAUAUUCGACAAGAGCAGUUCGAGCGGAUGAUCGGCCCGAUCGCGUUCCAUCCCGCAAGCGUGGCCUUCGAAUGUUCGAGCCACGCCCAGCUCCUGGAGAAGGUCGGCGUCCGCCAAUUGGUGACCGGCAUCAUCGAUGAGCUGUUGGAGCUCGCCCGGCUACAGGGCUGCGAAUUCCCCAGCGAUUUCCGAGAUAAGACGAUCGAAAAGAUGACCGCAUCGGACGCCCCGAGCACCAUGUUCCAGGAUUUCCAAGCCCGUCGUCCGAUGGAGAUUGAGACCUUCUUGGGUUCUCCGAUCAAAUUGGCCACCGAGUCCAACAUAUCCGUCCCCCGGAUCGAGGCGCUCUACGCGGUGCUGCACCAUCUCAACAUUGCGAACCAGAAUCGGCCGCGCGCAGGCGAUUCUCCGCCUGCAUCGAUCAUGGGCCACCCGCCCCCCCGGAUGUCUUCGGCGCCCGCACCACAGCGACCGCCAAUGAACGGCGCGAUGCGAUCGAGUCGAACAAAUUUAAGUAUGGGUAUGCCUCAAGGCACGCCCCCGGCCCAACGACGCGGCCCGCCUCCGGGUAUGAUGCCACGGGGACCCGGCGGACCGAUGCCGAUGGGCCCUCCCGGCCGAGGCGUACCACGGGACCCAUCAUUGGAAGGACUCGAGGAAUUCAGUCAUUUAGUGGUGUACGAUGAGUCGGAAGGUGGAAUGCCCCACGUCAACGGCAAUGGUUAUCCCGAUGCGGGUCUCAUCCCCAAUGACAUUGCCUUGCGAGAGCGCGAGUUGGCAUUGCGCCAGCGUGAAUUGCAGAUUCGGGAACAGGAGAUGGGCAUGCGGCGAGGACCUGGACGUCGGGGACCGCCGCCGCCCCGGACACCAGCAUCCGCAUUUGACGAAGAAGACGAAGAUUAUUUCGAUCCGAUGGACAGCAUGGCGAUUCCUCAUAUCGACCCCGAUCAAGUGGAUAUGAUGAGUAUCACGUCGCGCCGAGGCCGCAAAACAACCCCGAGUUAUAGUCAAUUCCGCAAGAACCCCGAGAUGAUGAGCGGUGGUGCCUCUAUGCCUCAGAGUCGACCAGGCUCAUCUUUCGGCCGCUACUUCGGCCGGAAACGCACGAGUGACCGGGUGAUGCAGGAAAUUCCGGGCCUUCAUGACUCUCUUAUGGACAACCCCAUGAUGAGCUACUCGUCGAACCGGUACGGCGCCGUCGACCGCAACCAAAUGGCCGCCGACUCAAGGGCAAACUCCCUGACGGCCAGUCAUAUGGGUGAUUUCACGCCUCGUGGCACCAUUCCCCGGGCCACCUGGACCCCCCGGCCCCCGGGCCCAUCUCGUAUGGGUCGUCCUAUGACUGCCCAUGACCAAAGUCUCGGCAUCCCUGGUGGACCUCCUCAUAAUGGCCAUCCAUCGCCGCCUGGAAACAUGCGGACACCGGUCCCCCGGCACCCGCCAGGACAAGGCCCGGUUGGGCCGCAGCAGAUUGAGCAACACUAUGGGGUGAGCAACUCGUUUCCCGCUAAGGGCCCUCCCAAAAACAAAAGUCUGACUGGAAGUGCGAGCGCCAGUGCUGAGAGCGGUGAUAGCGGGGCCAGCGCGAAUCUUGGUUCUGAAGCGUCGGCUCACAGCAGCCAGAUCAGCCUCGGCGACCAUCAUGUCGGCCCGGCGGCGCCCAUUCGCUGA